AAGGAGGGGCGUUUGGCGUGCAGCGAGCGUGGGGAACCGUCGGAUGGGGGUUAAUGGGCCCCAUUAGCGGCUACCUCAUCGACUGGUGGUCCGGAUCGUCCAUUACCAAGGACUACACUCCUGCCUUCCUCUUGGUCUUCUUGCUGGGCUCCGUUGACAUUCUCCUGUCGGCUGCCACGCUGAAGGUCCCAGAAAUGAAGUCAGACAACGCGAUGCUGAAGAACCUACGGCCUCUUCUAAGUGAUGUCCGGUUCUUCAUCUUCUGUUGCUUCGUCAUCAUGAACGGAUGUUUUGACGGCAUCGUGGCAAAUUUUAUAUUCAUCAUGCAGGAGGACAUGAGUCGGGGAAGUUCGGCUAUGAGUUACAUGAAAUUUUUGCAAGGAUUCACGCUGUUCGUCCAGUGUGCAAUUGAGGCGCCGUUCAUGUUCGUUUAUAGUUGGUUCCUCAGGAAGAUGGGGGCGCAGCAGGUAACCUCCCUGGUGUUCUUCCUGUACAUCUUCCGCCUUUUGGGUCUGUCGGUCGUGGGCGCCUACGGUCCCGCGUGGGCGACGCUGCUGGUGGAGUUCCUGAACGGCCCUUGCUACGGUCUCGGGUACACCGCCAUCGUGGUCUACGCCUCCAAGAUCUCGCCUCCGGGCACGUCGAAUACUGUGCAGAGCGUCGUGAAUAUUUGUUAUGAGAGUUUCGGCUACGCGACGGCAAGUUUGGUGGGCGGCGUGUUGUACCAGGAGUUCGGCGGUCCCAGAAUGUACCUGAUUUUCGGCAGUGUCUCUAUACUGGUCUUCGUGCUGCACGUCUUGUCGCUCAAGUUCCUACCGCCUCCUGAAGUCCUAACGAACGGGGAGGUGUCACGGGCGAGAAGAGGAGACGCCCUCGACGCGGAGGAAAAGGCGGCCCUCAGCCUCGAGUCGCCGACGGAGAGUAACCACAGGGGGAGCGUCGAUACACAGCAGCAGGAGGAGGAGGAGGCGAAGGAGGAGGAGGAGGAAAAGGAGGAGGAGGAGAAGCAUCUUAGAAGCGGGAGGGGAGAUGGAGAGGCGGUAGAGAUGAAAUAGAUACGGGGGGGAGGAGAGUGAGAGAGA